AAAAUGUUGAAUUGCCCUGGGCAGAGGAUCAGGGUAGAGGUGCACGAGCAAAGUUGAAAGAAAAUUGUAGUUCAGGUGUAUUUCUGCUGAAUUCGGUUUGAUCACUGUGUGCGAUCGGCUUGAAAUAGUGUUGAAAGUGGUCUCGCUAUAAGUGCUAAGGAAAUUCAGCUCAACGGGAAUACGUCUACAGGCCAUAAAACCGUAGCUAAACGGUCUCCGGAUGUCUAAAUUAAACUCGCAUGGAGCUACAGGGCUUCGAAACAUCAAUCUGGAAGAGAUAUGGAGUGACCUGGAAUCUGGGAUAAAGCAGGUUUACAAACAAGAACAGAGUCUCCGUUCAGCCCGCUAUAUGCAGCUUUACACACAUGUCUAUAACUACUGUACGAGUGUCCAUCAGCAGCCUGCCAAUCGGCAGGCUUCGGUUAAAGUUUCCAAAAAGGGCUCUUCGAUACCCUCUGGUGGCGCUCAACUAGUUGGUCAGGAGCUGUACAAGCGUCUCAAAGAAUUUCUGGAGCAGUACCUCCAAGCUCUGCAAAAAAAUGGCAUUGAUCUGAUGGACGAAGAGGUACUAAGCUUCUACACCAAGCGAUGGGAAGAGUACCAAUUCUCGAGCAAAGUGCUAAACGGCGUCUGUGCUUAUCUGAAUCGGCACUGGGUUAAGCGUGAAUGCGAGGAAGGUCGCAAGGAUGUGUACGAGAUCUACCAGCUGGCUCUGGUGACAUGGCGUGGAAAUUUGUUCAAGCAAUUGAACAAACAAGUUACAAAUGCCGUUCUCAAAUUAAUAGAGAGGGAGCGAAACGGAGAAACUAUCAAUUCACGCCUGGUUUCCGGUGUUAUAAAUUGUUACGUUGAACUAGGUUUGAACGAGGAAGAUCCUAAUGCCAAGGGGCAAAAUCUGUCCGUUUACAAAGAGAGUUUUGAAAAUAUUUUCCUGGAAGAUACAGAAAUGUUUUAUACCCGAGAAAGUGCUGAAUUUCUGCGAGAAAAUCCGGUGACUGAAUAUAUGAAACGUGUUGAGUUGCGUCUCAACGAGGAACAGAAACGUGUUCAAGUGUAUCUCCAUGAAAGCACCCAGGAACGCUUAGCAAAAACCUGCGAGCGUGUUCUCAUCCAAAAACACUUGGAACAGUUCCGCACGGAAUUCCAGAAUCUACUGGACUCUGAUAAGAACUCUGACCUACGCCGUAUGUACUCUUUAGUUGCUCGUAUUACCGAAGGUUUGGUAGAGUUGAAAGCAAUUCUUGAAACGCACAUUCACAACCAAGGAUUGGCUGCGAUCGCUAAAUGCGGAGAAGCUGCUCUAAAUGAUCCUAAAAUUUACGUCCAAACCAUCCUCGAAGUACAUAAGAAGUACAACGCUUUGGUACUAACGGCUUUCAACAAUGACAGUGGGUUCGUUGCUGCCCUAGAUAAAGCAUGUGGAAAAUUCAUCAACACUAAUGCCGUCACGGAGGCGAGCAAGAGCGCCAGCAAAAGUCCAGAACUGUUGGCAAAAUACUGUGAUAUUUUAUUGAAAAAGUCGAGUAAGAAUCCUGAAGAAGCUGAACUUGAGGAUACACUGAACCAAGUGAUGGUCGUAUUCAAGUAUAUUGAAGAUAAGGACGUGUUCCAGAAGUUCUACAGUAAAAUGUUGGCCAAGCGUUUGUGCCAUCAUAUGUCUGCUAGUGACGAUGCUGAAGCUUCAAUGAUAUCCAAAUUGAAGCAAGCCUGUGGUUUCGAGUACACGAGCAAACUGCAGCGGAUGUUCCAGGAUAUCGGCGUUUCAAAGGAUCUCAAUGAACAGUAUCGUGGUCACGUUAAACAGCUUCGAGAAGCAUCAAAAGCUACUGGCAACGAAAUUGACUUUAGUAUUCAGGUGCUUUCCAGUGGUUCCUGGCCUUUCAACCAGAGCUUCACUUUCUCGCUGCCGUUCGAGCUAGAGCAAUCUGUUCAUCGAUUCAACAAUUUUUAUGCUAAACAACAUUCCGGACGCAAGCUCAAUUGGCUCUAUAACAUGUGUCGAGGUGAACUUGUAACAAAUCACUUCCGGAUGCGGUAUACACUACAGGCAAGCACCUUCCAAAUGGCCGUACUAUUACAAUUCAACGAACAAGAGGUUUCGAGUGUCCAGCAGCUUGUUGAAAAUACAGGAAUCAACCUAGAAAAUCUAGUACAGGUGUUACAGAUUUUACUAAAAACCAAAUUGCUUACAUCAGAGGACGACGAAGCUAAUCUUCAAAACAGUUCAAUGGUUCACCUAAACAAAGAGUUCAAGAACAAAAAGCUUCGAAUCAAUAUAAACUUCCCAUUGAAGACGGAACUUAAAGUUGAACAGGAAGCCACUCACAAGCACAUUGAAGAGGAUCGUAAGAUCCUUAUUCAAGCGGCGAUUGUGCGAAUUAUGAAAAUGAGGAAGGUACUGAAUCACACGCAUUUGGUCGGAGAAGUGCUCAACCAGUUAUCGACACGGUUUAAACCGAAGGUGCAGGUGAUAAAAAAAUGUAUUGACAUACUCAUAGAAAAAGAAUAUCUCGAGCGUCAAGAGGGACAGAAAGACACUUACAGCUAUCUGGCUUGAUCUGUGGUCGAAUUACUUCUACGUAGUUAUUUACUAACACCCUAAAGAAGCACACCAUGAAAAACAACAACAAAAUAACUGAAAUAAACUUAUUCGUCUAAGCCAACACAUCGUAAUGUUUCGAUAGAUCCAAGCGAAAUUAGAAUAUUUUCGCUAUUAUAAAUACAAAGCAUACCGUUCAUAAACAUCCCUCCGAAAGGAAAACAACAACUUAUACAAAAUUAAAUAGCAACACCGAGAACAGGAAUGACCUGGUCAAGUUUUCUCAUUUUUCGCUUAGUUUAAUCAUAUUAUUUAGACGUUUUAGUUCUUCCAAACAAAUGGAAAAAGAUCUUCUAACACUUUUUUACUAGCAGUUAUCGAUUUAUUCGGAAAAAUAGACUUAGUCCGAUAGUUAUACAACACCACAUAUUAAGUUGUUCAUUUUGUUUCGGGUUAUUUCAUUUUGUCUGCCUUCUGACAAGUGUGCAAAAUUAUUUAAUAACCGUGGUAGCAAAAGUUGUACACCGUAACGCAAAUACAAUUAAAAAAUUAUGUCUUUGGGUACAAAAGAUAGCUCUAGCCUGUGCAAAAAUCAAAUUUCUUUCUAAUCAAAAUUGAAAAUAGUCUGUACAAUUUGUUUUAAUCGGUGGAAAACAGCGUUUACUUUUACCAGAUUAAUAGGGUUGAAUAUAAGAAUACACAACAACUAUAAAUACACCGAUAAAAUCUGGUUUGUAAAAAGAAGAACGAACUCAUAUACUUAUAACAAUAAAUCAUUACUCAAUUCAGUCCAGCCUCCCAUAGGUAAAAAAUGAUGUUUGAAAUAAAAAAAAAACAUGUGUAUAUGAAAA